GUACGAUAGAUGCUCUGGGAUGCAUCCAAGUGCCCUCAACUUUUAUGAACAGGUAUGCCGCGUUACUACAUUUUCUCCUUUGUCCCUAUAGUACCGCAGCUGACUAUACUUUACAAUCGGAGGGCAUGCGAUCCAACACCUUGCAGGUCCUCAAAGAGAUAUACGUUUACAACCACCACCUCCACGCUAACUACCGCCCUCGAUCCGAGACCGAAAAGACGCUACAGCAACAUCUGCGUCAUUUACAGCAGAGCUGCAGAGAGCGCGUCGAAAUGUUGGAAGAUCUGUCGCGAGGCUCUGGAACAGCGCCCCUGCUGUGGAGGUGAAGGCGCCGAGAAAGAGAAUUAUGACUAGCGUGAAAGGAAACGGAGUGGGAGUGAGAAUGAGAUGGGAGACAUGGCGAGAGGAGUGGAUAUGGGCGUCAGAAUGCCCCGGCGCUUUCUAGAGAACAUGAAGGCGAGUGCUGGGGCUAAUGGCUUU